AUGUCGGGACUUAUUGGUGUUACAGAUCCUUCUAUUGAGGAGGAAGAGGGUAGAAAAGCUCUUGAAAUUGGCAUAUCGGUUUCGGAUAAGCAUCUUGAUCUUUUGAGGCCAUCCGCUCGAUAUUAUUCCAUAUUCAAAGGAAAAGCAAUGGAUAGCACGGAUCGUGAAAAGGGCAAGUAUAGUCUUAUUAGAGGUGAGGAUGACACUCCACUGGGGUUAUACGAUAAACCGCUUCCAUGCUUUGGCUGCGGAAUUGGAUGGUUCUCUUUUCUCUUGGGUUUCUUGUGCCCGUUAAUGUGGUAUUACGCUACAAUCUUAUACUUUGGGAAUUAUUACCGCAAGGAUCCUAGGGAGCGAGCUGGACUUGCUGCUUCUGCUAUUGCUGCCAUGGGGUGCUCUGUCAUAUUGUUGAUCGUUGUCUUGGUUUUGAUUUUCUAG